AUGAGUUUCCUUCGCAGGAUGCUGCAGCAGGUGAUGCGUGUGCCAUGGAGGUGUGUGUCCCCGGUGAUUAAGUGGGCAGAGCCUGUGACAGAGGUGAGGACUCUGGAUCAGAUGCCCGGACCGUCAGCAGUCAGGUUCAUCUGGGAUCUGCUGGCAAACCGAGGGCUGUCCAGACUGCACGAACUGCAGCUGGAUGGUCGGCGGCGGUUCGGGUCGAUGUGGAAGGCGAGUUUCGGUCCAGUUCUGACAGUACAUGUUGCAGAACCGGAACUGAUAGAGCAAGUGCUCAGACAGGAAGGACACACACCCAUGAGGUCAGACAUUUCCUCCUGGAAGGACUACAGGAGACGCAGAGGACACGGAUACGGCCUGCUGACCGCCGAGGGGGAGGAGUGGCAGAAAGUUCGCAGCCUUCUCGCCAAACACAUGCUGCAUCCCAAAUCAGUGGAGGUGUACGACAGCACACUUAACGCUGUAGUGAGCGACCUGAUCACUAAACUCAAACUACACCAACAACAAAACCCUCACGGAGUCGUCAAUGACAUCGCAGCAGAGUUCUACCGCUUCGGCCUGGAAGGUAUUUCCUCUGUCCUGUUCGAGUCCAGGAUUGGCUGUCUGGAUGCCGUGGUUCCCAUGGAAACAGAACGUUUUAUCCAGUCCAUUAGCACGAUGUUUAUGAUGACGCUGCUCACCAUGGCGAUGCCAGCAUGGCUCCAUCGGCUUUUCCCCAAACCGUGGCGAACGUUCUGUCAGUGCUGGGAUUACAUGUUCCAUUUCGCAAAAGGUCACAUCGAUCAGCGCCUUAAAGAAGAAGAGGAGAAACUGGCGCAUGGACAGGAAGUAGAGGGGCGGUAUCUGACCUAUUUCCUGUCUCGAGCUGGAAUGCCGAUGAAAUCUGUGUACAGUAACGUGACGGAGUUGCUGCUCGCAGGAGUCGAUACGAUCUCCAGCACGCUCUCCUGGUCUCUCUAUGAACUUUCCCGCCAUCCUGAGAUCCAGGCGUCCCUGAGGUCAGAGGUCAUGAAGGUUCUGGGAGACAGAAGAAUCCCGACAGCAGCUGAUGUCGCGUCCAUGCCUCUGCUGAAGGCCGUCAUUAAAGAAAUCACCAGACUGUAUCCUGUAAUUCCCGCUAACGCCCGAGUCAUCACAGAUCGGAAUAUUACAGUCGGAGGCUACAUCAUUCCCAAAAAGACGCUCAUCACUCUGUGUCAUUACGCAACAUCACGUGAUCCGGCCCAAUUUUCUGACCCGGACUCAUUUUUCCCACAGCGGUGGCUCAGUCGUGAUAACGGGAAUCAUCCGUACUCAUCUGUUCCCUUUGGAGUUGGCAAACGCAGCUGCAUCGGUCGCAGAAUUGCAGAACUCGAGCUGUACCUGGCACUCAGUCAGAUUCUACUGCAUUUCGAUAUAAAACCGGAUCCAAGUGGCCAUGUGGUCCGACCCAUGACCCGAACUCUCCUGGUCCCAGACAAAGCAAUUAAUCUGCAGUUCAUCGAGCGCUGAGUCUCUGCACAUGGCACUGUGUCUCCUCUUCUGAGGAAAACAUCUGCACAGAAAUAACGCUGGAGAGAGUGCACUGUGUGUGUGUGUGUGUGUGUGUGUGUGUGUGUGUGUGUGUGUGUGU